GGUAUCAACUGCUGCUCUCUUCAAUUCCGCUUUUGGCAACACUGUGCUACCUACUCUCUCUCCUUUGAUGCUUGGGCAUUGUCUCGUCUCAAUCCGAAGUACACGGUCAUUCUAACCAACCAUUAACGCAAAGGACUGAAAGAUGCAAGCCUUUAAACAGAGCACGCAGUUGACUGGUCUGGCCGUGUCCAAGAAUCCUCAUGCUACUUUGACAGCUUUAUACAAUCGAAUCCUGAAGGUUCUCUCGCUGAUGCCUGAAGAUUCUGGCUACAGGAAACACACAAGUGCUAUUGUGCAGUCCAGGUUACAGGCAGUAUCAACUAUUUCUGACAUUUCCAAACUUGAGAAAACAAUUGAUUGUGGUCAGAUAGAAGAGGUCAUUAUACAGGCUAAUCGCGAAUACUUACUUGCACGAAACAUGCUCAAAUGGAAGCCUUGGGAGCCUCUCAUUGAAACGCCCCCUGCCAAUCAGUGGAAAUGGCCCAUUUGACACUUUUUUUGCGUCCCCCUUCACUUCAGCGUUGCGAAUUUACCACAAUAUAGUCAAUAUAGCUUUAU